AUGGCGCCCAUCCGUCUGGCCAUCAUCGGCCUAUCCUCUUCAGCAGUGACCUCUUGGGCCAGCAGUGCUCAUUUGCCUUAUCUCCUCUCAGCACGCGGCCGCGCCAAGUACAACAUCGUUGCUUUGUGUAACUCUAGCACUGACGCAGCCAGAAGGGCUAUCAAGACCUACGGCCUCGAUCCCGAAAAGACUCGAGCAUAUGGCAACCCGACAGCGCUCGCAGCUGAUCCCGAGGUCGAUCUUGUGCUUUGCUGCACACGAGUUGACACGCAUUACAGUCUCAUCAAGCCAAGCGUCGAGGCUGGCAAGGCAGUCUUUGUGGAAUGGCCAUUGACACAUGAUGUAGAGCGUUCACGGGAGCUGGCCAACUUGGCAGCCGAGAGAGGCACCCGCACAAUGGUAGGGCUGCAGGGGCGGCUGGCGCCUGUUGUGUUGAAGUUGAAGGAACUACUGCACGACGCAAGCUUGGGCAAGAUGCUGAGUAGUGAAGUAAGGGCUCAUGGAGGCACCAAUGAUCGCGAGAUGGUCGCCGAGGGGCUGGGAUAUUUCGCCGAGAAGAAGAUAGGCGGCAACAUCUUCAUGAUAGGCUUCGCACACAUGUUCGAUUACGUCCAAUCUGUCAUAGGAGAAGCGGCCGAUGUUCAUUCUCACCUCCAGCUCCAACGACCAGAAAUGAAACUCCGUGAUCCAGCUACAAACACUAUUGUUAAAACAGUCACCUCUGACGUCCCGGAUCUUAUCACAGUCACCGCGUCCAUGAGUGGCUCCGCAGUUGCGCAAAAGGGUGCGAGUUUGCUAGUCCGCUUUCGCCGUGGACAGCAAUUCAAGGGGGAGCCGGCCCUGACAUGGCACAUCAACUGCGAGAAGGGCGAGAUCCGGCUUACAGCGCCCAGCGGAACUUCUUUGCACGCAAACUCGUAUUCUGAACCAGUGACAAUCGAGGUGCACGAUUUUCAGACGGAAGAGAUCCGCAAUGUGCAAUGGGAAUGGCCUGAGUGGGAGGAAGAAUUAGACCUGCCGAUUGUAGGUCGCAGCGUUGCUAAACUAUAUGAUUUGUUUCACGCAGAGGCAGUCGAAGGAUUUCCACGGACAUAUCCGAAUUUCUCAGAUGCAUUCAAGCGUCAUGAACAGUUGGACACGCUUUUGGCAAGCUGGAAACCCGCCUGA